GAGAGUCAGUGUGGGGUGAAACACAGAGCAGAGUCAGGCUUUUAUCACACAUCACUGAGGUAUCAGGGGAGUCCCGCUACACAGCAGAAAUACAAAAAGAGAACGACCAUCGGAUCGAAGUUUUAAGACCAACAUAGUCUAUUUCCGUCGCUGACCAAGAGGGACAUCCUUACAACACAAGCCAGCAAUAGGAUAUCAACUUGCUCCUCUGUUAGAGAGAGGUCAGCGCUCUAUCUGUCAAGAGCAGCAUCCAUUGACUCCAUUGGAGUUUCAACACAACCAAGAGUGAUUGGUACAUCAGGGACGAGGAUUAAAAGCAGCAAGAGAUGGCUGAGACAUCCAGGAAAGUCACAGUUUCUGAUUCAUGUCAUGAUGAAGAUCUUCCUCUACCACCCCCACCUCCUCCUGUGCUGGCAAGGCCCCUUGACUCUGAAGGGUCAUUAAGUAGCCUUCCUGUACCCCCGCCUAAAGAAACAUUUUCCACAUACUACCAGCAAAGGCAGAGGAGUGAACUGAAGAGACUCUUUAAACACAUCCACCCCGACAUCAGAUAUCUUGGUAACGCUGUGGAUGAUGACAUAAUAAAAGCAGUGCAGACAGAUGACACUGAUGCGGCUGAUGUGGCAUACCUGGGGGAAGUACAGUCAAUGAAGUGGAUCUUUGAAAACUGGAAUCUAGAUAGCAUUGGGGAUCCUCAUGCAACCAAGAAGUUGUUGGAUGAAGAGGACCUAACGGGUGGAAAUGUCAGAGGCACUUCCUCCAUGUUCGAGCAAUGUGAUAAAAAACAGCCAAUCUCCCAGACAUUUGCUAAAAGACAGUCCUCAGUCAGAGGGGAUGUAAGAACAUCUGCCUGGCUGUUUGAAACCCAACCCUUAGAUUCCCUGAACAAAAAAGAAGAACUAGUUGAAGCAAUAUUGAAAGAGCCUAUCCAGCCAGGAGAUGUAAGUAAGACACGCCUACUGUUUGAAACCAAACCACCAAGUGACCUUGGACGCUGUAACUCCAUAGAGGACAAUAACUUCUUGAAACUAAUGUCUGAGCUCCAGGAACAAAAAGGAGCUGUCCAAAAGACUGUAAAACUCUUUCAGGCGGAACGUAACUGUGCCAUUAGAGACGAAAGUGGCAACAUCCAUACAAUUAAAUCCAUCUGCAGGGAGGAAAUCAACAGUGGCAUCACGAACAGUGUUCGUUGGUUAUUUGAAACCCAGCCUUUGGACCUGAUUAACAAGGGAAGCGAUGGUGUGAAAAUUAUUCAGGGCAUAUCUCUAGAGGAGGCACACAGAGGUGGAGUGGACAAAAAGAGGUGGAUGUUUGAAACCCAGUCUUUUGACACCAUACAAGAGGUUGUGGGAGAGGAGAAUUUCAAGGACACAUUGGCUGACUGUAUAAGAGAGGCUGAUGUCUCCAACAAGAAAAAGCUCUUUGAGAUGAAACCGCUGACAACACCGGGUGGAAAAACUGAUAAGAUGUUGGUAAAGGAUGAAAUAAUUGGAGGAGAUGUCAAGACAUCUUUAUGGCUGUUUGAAACUCAACCCAUGGAGACGCUCAAGGAUAACUAUGAAGUUGGGUGUUUGAAAAAAAUCACUCUUUCAGCUGACGAGCAAGGAGCAAUAAAAGACAAAAAGAAAAUAUUUGAGUGCGGCGGCACUGAAAAUCAUUCCUCAAGAAAACAACCAGUGACUGAAAGGGGUAACGUCAUGGGUUUCAAGCAACUGUUUGAAACAAUUCCGCUCAGUAAAAUUGCCCAUUGUGACGAUGAGAAUAAUACAUCAGGAAAUCAAAGCUCUGAGGACACACCUGUGUAUGCUUUGAAAGACAGCUCGGGAAAUUUCCACAAGUUGACAAAUCUCAGCCGUGAGGAAUUCAUCAAGGGGAAGGUCCAAAACUACAAAUGGAUGUUUGAGACGAAGCCUCUACAUGAACUUGCAGAAGGAAAGGAAAAUUUUGAGGAAAUCAAAGGCAUUACCAGAGAGGAGGACAGAAUGGGUGAUGUCAAGUUGGCAAAAUGGCUUUUUGAAACCCAGACAAUAAAUGGAAUCCAUUGCAAGUUCAACCAGCCAAGCCAUUCUGUUGAAACUGAAACAUGUAAAGGUGAUGUCAAGAUAUGCAAAUGGUUAUUUGAAACCCAACCAAUGGAUGUUUUAUAUGACAAAUCAGAUAAAGUGAGUGAAAAAGAGACCAUUGAGAACAAUAGUGUUAAGUCGAUUACAUGGCUUUUCGAAUCACAGCCAUUAGACAGCAUAAAAGAUGGCGAGGAGUACAAUUUAAAUCUCUCCACAACCACGCAAGAUGCAGUAAAAUCCAAGAUAGGGGUCCAAACAGUCAAACAUCUUUUUGAAACAGAGAUUCUCGAUAGUACGAGAAGUGAUCAGACCGAACAAGAUUUAAGAUGUGUCAGCAACGUGAACUUUCAGUCAGGAGAUGUCUCAAGGGUCAAAGAGCUUUUUGAAACCCAGUCACUUGAUGAAAUAGGAUCAGAAAUGGUGACGCCAAGUACUGAAUACAGCGACGAGCACAUCCAGAGAGGAUCUGUACACAAAUUCACUUGGUUGUUUGAAAACUGCCCCAUGAACACGAUCAACAAAGACAAUGAUAUUGAGACCUUUCAGGAAAUUGAUGAAGUUGUGAGCGGGAAUGUAAAAAACAAAAGGUUUAUAUUUGAAACCUCAUCAGUGGACAAAAUCCAGGAGCAACCUCUUGAACCGAAGUCAGUCGACGUGGAACUGCUGGAGAGUGAUGUUGAUGUGAAGUCCAGCACCAUGAUGUUUGAGUCCCUACCACUGUAUGCCAUUCGGGAUAAAGAGGGACAAUUUCAUGAGGUGACAACUUUGAAAAAGGAUGAAAUCUUAAGUGGUGAUGUGAGAGCAGCCAGAUGGAUGUUUGAGACUAAGCCCCUUGAGGCCAUCAGAGCAGAUAAUGAAGUUUAUGUGAUCCGGGCUGUCACCCAAGAGGAUGUUGAAAAAGGAGAUGUCAAAUCUGCAAGAUGGAAGUUUGAGACACAACCAUUGGACUCCCUAACCAGCAGAGAUAAACCUUCUGUUAAGGUCACUGAAGACUUUGGAAACAGCAAUGUACAGUUAAAUAAAAAGAUAUUUGAAUCUGAAUCAAACAAUAAGUUUGUAAGAAUGGUUAGUGUCACUGACAUUCAGUGUGGAGAUGUGAGGACCUCCACAUGGCUUUUUGAGAAUCAAACCAUUGACAGUCUCAGUGGAGAACCUCAAGACCAAGGUCCAGUCAAAACAGUCCAUAGAGAGGACACCCAGAAAGGAGAGGUGAAGCGUUGCACUUGGCUGUUUGAAUCACAGCCACUGGACAAAAUUAAGGAGCCAGAAGAAGCAUCUACACAUGAUUCAGAGGAAAAUGUCCCAAAAGCUGAUGUGAAGUGCACAACCUGGCUUUUUGAGACAACUCCACUGGACAAAAUAACCCUCACAAGUGUAAAUGACACUAUGUCAUUCUUAAGUGAAUUAAAUUUAGUAACCUCAAGUGGCAUUCUAAUUGAAGAAAAAGAAGGUAACAAUGUUACCAUGGCAAAAUUCAGUGUAGGACAUUCUCAAAAAGUCCAAAUUCAGAAACAAGAGGUUGUUAAGGGAAACCUUCGAAACAUCAUUUUACAGCUCUUGCUCAAACCACGCAGCCCAGAAGUUACUCUUCUCAGAGAAGUGGAAAAAGGAAAAGUGAAUACCACCGCGGUCCAACUUCCAGUCUAUCAGUCAUCUGCGACUACGAGCAUUGAUCGGGACCAAAUACUACAAAACAUUGUUCAUAUGAUUGAUGAGCUAUUUUGCCAAGAUAAAAACGUCAAGAAAGGAAUCCUAAUGCAAGAGACUGCCAGUGGACAAGCGGAUAUAUCUGUCUAUUCACUAAUCAGCAAUAGCGAACCCGACACUCAGAGUCAUGUUAUUGAAAAAGGUGAUGUGAAGUCUGCCAUUGGAAAUCUAUUAGCUAAUGCAAGCAGUUCAAGAACAGUGACGACAUACAAAAUCAAUGAAAAUGAAAAGGGGAAUGUAAACUUGUACACAAAUUGCAUCGAAAACGGAGAUCUGCAUUUUCUGAAAAGCCUUCAUUCGGAGACAUCAGAAGAUGAUGUUGAGCACAACACUCUGGGUAAGGAACAAACUGAAAUUGUGCAGGGGGAUGUGAGAGAGGCAAAGAGAAGUCUCUACCAGCAAAAGGAAGCGGUGGAACGAACCAUUGUGGAUGUUCUCCCAGGGGAUGUGAAGAACACCAAAAAGUUAUUUUCGUCAGAGUGCUCGUUCAUCGCAGAAAAUAGCGUUCCGCGGGAUGAAAUAAUUCCUGGGGAUGUUUCAACUGCAAAGCAGCAACUUGCAAUAAUUCAAACUGCUGUGGUAGAAAAAGAAGACAUUGUAGCUGGAGACAUCAAGGCAUCAAUGCAAUCAUUGGAACGUGCGAAACAACAGAGUAUGAGUAUAGGACGAGAGAGCUUUACACCUGGAAAUAUUUAUGAUAUGGACUUGUCGUUUAAGUGUCCUGAACCGGAAGGAAGACCAGUGCAUAAAGAGGCGAUUAUAUCUGGAGAUGUGAAGGCAGCUAAAAAGUCCCUACAACUGGCCAAGCAACAACGAACGCAUGUAGAGCGGGAUAUAAUUACACCCGGAAAACUAUUCAACCUGGAGGUCUCUGCGCAAGAAGGAAGCUCAACAGUGGUUGUGCAGUCGUCCAGAAGUCAACAAAUCAAGACAUGUCCAAAGUAACGUGUGAAGGCCAAUCAUCGAUCACAGCCAAGAACCCAACAUACUGCCCUGUAGAAAAUGGAAGCCCUAAAUCAUCCACCUCCGAGGUUGUAACUUCUCCACCGUGCCUGGCAACGAGACCAAAGAACCUGAAGUCAGCUUUG